AUUCCAAGGUCGUCCGUCAGACAUUCGGAUUUGUGUGGUAAGGACAGGAGACCGACGGCCUGUUAUUCUUUUCCUAGUGUGAUUCUGUGAGUAUCUAGUCUUCUCUUGAAUGUGUCAAUUGAGGGGGCGAACACCAAUGCUUCGAGUAACAUGUUCCAAGAAAUAAUGACCAUCGUAUUGGGCAUUGAGGGUAGUGCGAACAAAUUAGGCGUUGGGAUCGUUCGUGAUGGUUCUGUGCUAGCAAAUCCGAGGGUGACAUACAUUACUCCACCCGGCGAAGGUUUCCAGCCAACAGAAACUGCUAGAUUUCAUCAGUCUCAUAUUAUUGAGCUUGUUCAGAAAGCCAUUAAAGAAGCGAAAGUUGACCCUUCCGAAUUGGAUGCUGUUGCUUACACGAAGGGUCCUGGUAUGGGUGCUCCUCUUCUCACUGUUGCAAUUGUUGCUCGUACUCUCGCUCAAUUAUGGAACAAACCUUUAAUUGGAGUUAAUCAUUGCAUAGCACAUAUUGAAAUGGGUCGUCUUAUCACUGGUGCAAAAUCACCCAUCAUAUUGUACGUCAGCGGUGGUAAUACACAAAUUAUUGCUUUCGUUUCUGGGCGUUAUCGAAUAUUCGGAGAAACGAUCGAUAUAGCAUUGGGCAAUUGUUUUGAUAGGUUUGCCCGUAUUGUAAAUCUUUCGAAUGAUCCAAGUCCUGGCUAUAACAUAGAGAAGCUAGCCAAACAGGGAUCCAAAUUUUUCGAGUUACCAUAUGCAGUAAAGGGUAUGGAUGUUUCUUUUGCAGGAUUAUUAUCAUUUUUGGAAGAGCGUGCACCAAAACUUUUAGAAACUGGUGAAUACACUGUGGCUGAUUUAUGCUUUAGUCUCCAAGAAACAGCUUUUGCUAUGGUUGUAGAAAUUACUGAACGGGCUAUGGCACAUUGUGAUGCAAACGAGGUUCUCAUUGUCGGUGGUGUUGGUUGCAACGUGCGUCUACAGGAAAUGAUGAACUGCAUGGCUGAAGAGCGUGGUGCCAAAUUAUUCGCAACUGAUGAGCGAUUUUGUAUUGAUAAUGGUGCUAUGAUAGCACAUACUGGAUGUCUAAUGUUUGAUGCCGGUUUGACUUUUCCGCUGAAAGACUCUGUUGUCUCUCAACGCUAUCGUACAGAUGCUGUUGAUGCAGUUUGGCGUGAUGAAUAACAUCUCCAUAUGUAUAUAUUUUUAAAUAUAUUGCUCUUCUGACGA